AGCCAGGAGAGACAGGAGCCCCCCAGAGGGACCUCCUCCAUCGAAAGUCUUUAUCCAGGCAAAAGAAAAGCCUCAACAUCUCAGACAGUUGCAAACAACAAGUCAGCAGUCUGAAACAAAGUUGGUCUCUAGUCAGUGUCAUGAAACCUUUAUUCCAAAGAUAGUGGUGCAGGAAUACAGAGAGGUAAAGACGACUUCUCCUCCGAUGCCGUACACCUACGCACAAGCUGUAACCAGAACAACGUCACCACCGGAGGGCCGGACUCAGGCCUGGUCAGAGACUGCAGGGCCGACGCAACUGAAGCCUCAGGAAACGGGAAAGGUGUCGCAGCAGCAGGAACAGCACAAAAGACAAAAGGGUAAAGAACUUCAACAACAAGAACUCAAGCAACAGCAACCACAAGAAGUGGAAGAGCAGGCGCUGAGGGCAACACAACCACAACAACAGCAGCAGAAACAGGAACAACAACAGGUGGUGCAGCAGAUAGAAAUACAUCAAUAUCAAGUUCAGCAGCAGGUCGAAACACAAGUCAAACACAUGCCACAGCCCGAUGAGCAGACUCAACAGCCACCUGGAAAGAAACCCCCAUCAAAUGCCGAUGAGCUCCAAAGCAGAAAGGCUCGGGCCACGAAGAACCGGCCCUGGCUUCAGAAACCAGUCACCAGAGAGCUUCCAACUCCAGGGCAGGAUUCUGCUCAGGACCUUGUUCAAGGUACACAGACACAGCCAAAGUCUGAAAGAGAAAUGGCAUCAGUUCAGGUCGUUCAUCAGCAUACAGGAGGUCCCAAGCCUCAGCCUGAGGCCAAGGCGUCUAAGCAGCCGCAGCAACAGCAAAAAGAGCCACAAAAACAAAUAUGGCAACCUCUAAAUCUGUUUCAGCAAGAAGAACUACAAUAUCAACGACAGCGACAAGGAGAGCUGCAUCAGCAGCAACAACUACUGCAACUGGAAAAACAGCACAAGCGACAGGAACAAUUUCUGCAGCAACAGGAACAACUAGAACAACUACAGUCUAUGGUAAAACAGACGCACCCAGAUUUAGAUGCCAAGGCUAAAUCCCAGACUCUAACUAUGGCUCAACCUCACCUUCAAACUAAGGCACAACCCCAAACGAUGGUUGUUCAGUCUGCCUCUCAGGCAGUAGUACAGUCGACAAGUGUGUCCCAAGUUACGACAGAUACCCAGAAACCACAGAAGGCCGUGUCACAAACCACAGUUCAGUCACAGGCACUUCCAUCACCCCAAGGCCACGUGACGACACAGUUAUUGAUCCAGCCACAGACACAACCACAGCUCCAGUCUCAGGGUCAGGCUCAGUCCCAAACCUGUAUCCCAGCUGAGCCUCAGCCACAGGGUCAGCUCCAGGGUCUAGCCCAUGGUCCAGCUAUAGUUCAAGUGCAAACAUGGGCUCAAGUCAGACCUGCUUCCCCUAUGCAGGCUCCACUACAGGGCCAAAUUCAGCCUCCUGUGCCUUUCCACAUUCAAGUUCGUAGUCAUCCACAGUCAUGGGCCCCUGUCAGGCCCCCCUCCCCAAAGCCACCUCAGGCCCAGCCUCAAACUCAUGCUCAAGCAAUCGGUAAACCUCCAGUCCAUGCUCAGCCGAAAGCCCAGGCUCAACCUCUUCCCCAGUCCAUGGCCAAUCCUCAAACGCAUGCACAGUAUAUGGCCCAGGCUCAAAUUUAUCCUCAAACCCAAGCCCAUGCUCAAACUCAUGUUCAAACAGUGACCUGGCCAAGUCAGACUGAACCUUUGACUCAACAACAAACCCAAGCUCAACUUGUCGUCCAGCCUCAGGGUCAUUCUCAGCAGAUGACUGAGUACUCUACACAUGCUCAACCACCAGUCCAGCUCCCAGGCCAAAUCUGGACUCAAGUCAGGGCCUCAUCCCCAAUGUCUGUCAAGCAUUCACAGAUGGCUCAACAGACACAGCCUCAGCUUUAUCCACAGGGUUACACCCAGGUGCAGUCCACAUCACAGCAGUGGGCACCCAAACAAGAACCACAAAAUCAAGGCUUUCCCCAACAGAGACAUCCAUUUCCUCAACCGUACCAUCAGCAAUUAGACAUAGCUUCCCAGUCUCAGGCCUAUACAACAGUUCAGGUUCUACCACAGUGGGCACCAGCUGGGUCCCAGCAGGUACCUCAGAAAAGAGCCCCUGGGUUUCCUCACAUGGGGCCAUCAAACCCUCAUUCUCAAAUACAGCCACAACCACAACCCCAAAUGAUGCCUGAGAGUCACAUGCAACAACAGUCUCAGAUGAGAGCGUAUAGUGUUGUUCAUACCCAGAUACAACAAGGCCAAGUGCAACAGCAGCUACCGCAGCAACGUCAACCCCAGCCUCAUCCACAGCCUCACUCUCAGCAAUAUCCACAGGUCCUGCAUCAGCCUGAAACGCUGCAUCACCAUCAGCCUCAGAUACAAACUCAAAUAACUCUCCAAUCACAAGUGCCACAUGCAACCCAUUCACAGUUCCCUUCACAGCCCCAGAUUCAAACAGACAUCCAGACUUCGGUUCAAGCAAAGCCCCAUGCUCAGACUCAGCAGUUCCAGGAGCCCCCUCCACAACCCAAACGUCAGACACAAUCUCAACCACAACCGAAAUUUCCAGCUCAACCAAAGGCUGAAAUACCUUCACAGCCGAAACCUCUUGCCCAAUCGGCCCCACAACCAGAGGUUCAAUCACAAACUCAAACUAGGAUUGUUUCAAUGCCACAACCCGUACCUGAGCCCCAGUUGCCACCGCAACCCACCGCUCAGUCUCCAACUAAGCCCAAGGCUGGAUCACCUACGCAAUCCAAGUCACAGGCCCAAACAGCACCGCAAGCAGUGGCUCAAUUACCAACCCAACCUAAGACUGGAUCACUGCCUCAACCCGUACGUGAGCCCCAGUUGCCACCGCAACCAAUGGCUCAGUCCCCAACCAAGCCCAAGGCUGGAUCACCCGCUCAAUCCAAGUCACAAGCCCAAACAGCCCCACAAACGGAGGCUCAAUUACCAACUCAAACUAAGGUUCAUUCACCAACCCAACCUAAGACUGGAUCACUGCCACAACCUGUACCUGAGCCCCAGUUGCCACCACAACCCGAGGCUCAGUCACCAAAGCUUCAGUCACCAACCCAACUCCAGUCCCAAUCUUUGCCACAACCCAAACUUCAGGAUCAGCCGCCACCACCACAGCCCAAACUUCAGGCACAGUCACCACCAGUACCCAAGACCCAAACAAGCGCAUAUUUCGUGGCUCAGUCAUCCCAACAGACCAGACAUCACAUCCAGCCACUUCCUCCACAGCCCCAAACCAUUGUCCUCUCUCAGGUCAACGUGCUGGCCGAGUCCCAGGCGGAGUCACCAGACCUCUGCAUCGCACCUCCGGCCCUGGCUCAGGCGCCUCCGCAGGCCUAUACCGAGGCUUACGCCAAGGCCCAGGCUUUGGCCCGGAACGGAUUUGAGGAGGCCAAGCACUGCCUGCAGGAGCACAUCCUGGAAGCCAUCAACGUGUUCAAAGACAAGUGCAUAUGCCCGGAGCAAGUAUCAGUGAAAGAGGAGACUCUAAAGACCCUGGACCCCGAGCUGCUGGAGGAGUUUCUGAGGGCAGCGAAGGGCAUGGAGGCCUUUUGUACCCCAUCACAACUCCGAGACAUGGAGUUCUUCACCCAGUCUGUCAGAACGCAGUGGGAGGCCGUGAGAGCUGAGAUCUCUGGCUUUUUGCAACAGUUACGAUUUGAAGUAACAAGGAAAGACUUUAACUCUGCUGCCCUUCAGUGUGAGAUGCACUUAAGCUCCCGAUUAGAAAACCGAGUUCAGGCUUGCUUCGCAGUGGACGGCAGCUUUGCCCAGGCCGGGCAGCACCUGGAGGCCCUGAAGGAGCUGUGUGACACCCUGAGCCCGGAGGACGCUCACCGCCUCGCCCAGACGCAGCUCAGGGAGUGUGAGAAGAGGCUGGCGGCCAUCCAGCACCAGUUCAGCGGAGACCAAGACGCACCACUCCCUGAUUCCAGGAUUCCUGUUGCCUUCAGUGAAGAUGUGACCACACAAAAGGAGCAGGACAAACCUCAAGUGUCAGCUGAGGUUUCUCAAGUGACAGUGAGAACAGUCAGCAUGGAGAAGAGGGAGGUUGAAAAGCAGACGUCAGUAGAGGAGGACGUCACCCGAAAGGAGGCGUUAGAGAGAUAUGAGAGUUAUAAGAGGACGCUGCAGGCCCAGCUGGCUAAAAACCAGCAGAGCAUAAAGGAUAUUCCCUCAGACUCUGUCUCUCUCAAAGGCCUCCACACACGGCUGCAGGAAAUACAGUUCUUGAGACAGGAGACAGAGUCUCUGUGGUCCGAGUUUGGAAACCUGUGCUCCCAGCUGAGUGGUGGAAAUGCCGGUCUGGAGCAGGAGAAGGCAGAGCUGCAGGAGCAGUGGCGUGGCCAACAGUUUAGCCUUCAGCGGAGAGGCAGCUCGCUGGGCGCUGCCCUGCGGCAGAUUGACUCAACCGAGAACCACAUGGUGGACUUCACCGACCGCCUGGACCGCUACCUGAGGCAGCCCAAACACAUCACCGCCUUCACACUGGCCAACACCAACAUCCUCAAAGAUAUUAAGGAACUAGAUGACAACAUCCAGAGCGAGCUGGACCAGCUGUCCCGUCUGGACCCUGAGUCCGGCAACCUGGACCCCAGAGACUGCUUCCCUCUCUCCCGCGAGGUCGAGACCCACAGGACCAGCCUGGAUCAGCUCCGACAGCAGGUCCGCAAGAGCGAGGCGGCCGCCCGCGCCCUCGAUCGGUUCCUCAUGUCGCUGCGCACCGUGGACCAGGACAUCUCCGGAGUCCAGGGCGCCCCCUGCAGCGACACCGCGGUACUGCAGGACGGCCGCUCCAAGCUGGCUCUGAUCCGCCAGAGUGUCGACAGUCUGAAGGAGAAGGCGCCGCAGCUGGAUCAGCUCCUGCAGGGUGCCCGACUGACGGUCACCAGGGACGGCGUCCCGGCCUCCUGUCUGGACAUGGUGACGGCCCUGCUGAGGCGUCUGGAAGAGGCGGACGGCGGGUUGGCGAGCCAGCAGCAGGGUCUGGUGAAGGAGACCCAGACUAGAUCCCUGGGCCUGAGGAAGAGGGCGCUGCUGGCCGAGCUGAGGAAGCUGCAGGACACGAUUGAAUCACAAGGCCUGAAGGAGCCCAACAUACCUGCUGUGCAGCACAGGCUUCGUGCCCUGUCAGACUUGGAGAGUCAGCUGCAGGCUCGGCAUGCCGAGCUCAAGAACCUGCGGGAGCUUCAGGAGAAACAGGGAGAAGGAGAAAACCUCCAGCAGGAGCUGGAGACGCAGUGGAAGGAGACUCACAGAGGGUUUUCUGACAGGAAGAAGCAGUUCAGCGUCCUGCUGGAGAACCUGAAGAAGUUCCAGAGCUGCCGCGGUCACUUGAGCAGCACCGUGCAGAGAGCAGAGCAGACGGUCGGUGAUCAGGCUUCCUACAUGGGCAAGGACAACCUGCAGAGAAGUAUAACCAAGGUGGGUGAUACUAAGGAAGAGCUGGGAGGUCUGAAGGAACCCAUGGAGGAGAUGAGAGGUGUCUGCAAACAGCUGCAGUCACAACUGAAGACGUUCCCCGACUGCAGCGAGUCUCCCUUCGAAGCAGAGGCCGACCAGAUGAUGGACAACUGGCUGGACGUGACGGAGAAAACAGAUGCGUACAUGGACAACCUGAAGGUGGGACUGGAGCUGUGGGAGAAGCAGCUGAUGCUCGGUGGAGAGGUGGAAAACUGGGCCGGAGCCAAACUUUCCCUGUUUGCGGAGAGUCAUCCCUUCUACAAUGAGCAAGACGUUCUCACCAUGAGGGAUGAGAUCCACGCUAAUGAGGAGAACAUCGAGCAUUUCCACAAGAAGUCUGCGGAGAUCCAGGACAUGCUGCAGAGUCAGGAGGCUCCUCUGGAGCUACAGGUGUUGGAAACCCAGCUGAGGAAGAGGAUGGAGCAGGUGAAGGAGCUGUUCACCGACUGCACGGACGUCUUCGAGGAGCUGAUGGCCGUGAAGAAACACCUCGGCGACAAGAUACACGAGUCCCAGUUGGCUGUGGAGAACAUCCAGUGUUCUCUGAGUGAGGUCGAUGCCCUGGGACCGAAGAGCGAAGCUCAGUUACAGGAUCUGAUGAAGGAUCUGGGGACUCAGGAGCAGAAGGCCGAGGCUGUGCUGAAGGAGGUGGGCCUGGUCUCCAGUGUGGCCAGUCCGCAGGUGUUGGAGCCUCUGUCUGCAGCCUGCAGCCGGCUGAGAGACGCCAUGUCCCACACCACAGACCUGAUCCACCUGAAGAGGGAGGAGAGGGACAAGGGGCUGCUCAAAGUGGUCAAAGAUGAAAGGCAGUCGUUUGAGGAAUGGUUCCAGGACUCGCAGCUGUCCGUCAACGAGUGCUUUGAGAACCCUGAGAGCAAAGCAGACGUGGAAACGUCUCUGCAAAGACUCACUGCUUUCUUGAAGUCCAACGACGCGGAGAGACGUCUGGAGCAGAUGAACGCUCGGCUGGAGCGAGGCGGCCCGCAGAUUCCUCCCCAGCAGCUCCGCGAGUUCUCCGACUGGCUGAGGGAGCAGCGGGAGGAGGUGGGCACAUUCAGAGCCCACUGCGACAACAGGCAGAAACAAAUGGAGUCACUCCUCAGUGACUUGAACAGUCUUCUAAAGCAGCACGACAGCUUCCGCGAGUGGCUGCAGAGCAAAGAGAAACAGUCUGCGGUGUCGGACAAAGACGAACGUCUCCUCCAAGACCUUCAGGACGAGAGCGGUCGAGUCGAGACCCUCAGCGAUCUGUUGGCGUCGGUACGCAGACAAGGCGUCCGAGCCGAGAGCCUCCUGAAGGACAGCGAUAACCUGAUUCAGCGCCACAGAAACCUGGAGGCCCGGCUGCAGAAAUGGGCCAAGGCCCGGAGUGACCUGGAGGGGGAGUGCGACAGGUUUACUGCCCAGGCCCAGAGCAUCAGAACCUGGAUCGGAGACCUUGUGCAACCCCUCAGCUCCCUUGACAUCCAGACUGAGGAGGUGAAGUGCAGAGCACAGACGAUCCUGAGCUCCAAACCCGAGGGAGACUCCAGGAUGAACGACCUGAGAGGACGAAGCCAGAGUCUGUGCGACCAGGACCACCUGGACCAGAGCAGGAAACAGGAAGUCCUCCAGGCGAUGGGAAAAACGGAGGAGCGAUGGCGGGCAGCGCUGCAGACAGCCGAGGAGACUCUCAACAAGGUGGAAACACACAACGCACUGUUAGACAAGGAGCUGGUCGCUUUCAGAACCGAGAGUGAGAAAGUCCAGUCCUGGAUAAGAGACCAGGAAGUGAACCUGCAGUCUGCCAAUGGUCAAGUGAGAGCUGAAGAGAAGCUGCAGAUCGCACAAGCUACUCUGAAGUCCGAACCCGAGGGAGAGUCAAAGCUCCAGGAUCUGAAGCGACAGUGUCAGAAACUGUGUGACUACCAGGCCGUGGACGAGAGCCGGAGACGAGAGGUUCGGGACACAGUCGAACAGGAAGAGGAGCGCUGGAGGAAAGUCCUGACUGCUGCUGAGGAGGCUCUCAACGAGGCGGAGACUGAAGCUGCAGCCGAGAAAGACUUCGACGUCUUCAAGACCCAGAGUGACAGCGUCCAGUCCUGGAUGAGGGAGCAGAGGCAGAAGCUGUUGCACCCCAGUGGCCAACGGCAGAAUGAGGAGAGGUCACUGAUCACACAGGCUGUUUUGGCCGCCUCACCUGAAGGCGAAUCCAAGGUGCUGGACCUGAAGAGACGAGGCCAGAGUCUGGGCGAGCGGCUGGACGAGAGCGGGCGGUCGGAGGUUCGGCGGCUGCUCGACGACACGGAGCAGCAGUGGAGGACGGUCGUCCAGGCGGCCGGACAGGCGGCGCUCCGAGGUCUGUCGGACAACUUUGACUCUCAGAAUAAAGACGCCCAGUCCUGGAUCAGAGAGCGACAACUGAAGCUGCAGUCUACGGGUUAUCACACACCACCUGAGGAACGAUAUCGCACAGCUCAGAGCGUCCUGGACUCCAGACCCGAAGGCGACUGUAAGUUGAACAAUCUGAGGAGAGGAGGUCAGAGUCUGUGCGACCACAAGGACGCAGACGAGGGCCGGAGAACGUACGUCCAGCAGACGGUCCGAGACGCAGAGGAGCAGUGGAGGACGCUCCUGCAGGCAGCCAAUCAGAUCACGGCUGCUGCGGAAGCUCAGAUCGCCCAUGAGAAGGAGAGGAGGGAGCUGGAGGUGAGAGGGUUUGAUGCCCAUCAGCAGGAGACCGGCCACUGGCUCCAAGACCUCCAGCAGCGACUGAGCUCACUGAGCAGCCAAACCAAAGCUGAGGACAGGCUGCUCACGGCACAGGACAUCAUGAGCUCCAAGCCCGAAGGAGACGCCAAACUCCAGCAGCUCAGGAGACGAGCGCAGAGAUUGUGCGAACACGACCUGGAGGAUCACAAAAAACAAGUAGAACAACAAGUCAGAGACGCAGAGGAACAGUGGACGAGGGUUCUGCAGGAGGCCAAACAGGCUCUGGACAAGGCCGAGAAGCAGUCGGCUCUGGAGGCCGAGCGGAGGGACUACGAGACCCUGAGAGAAAACACCAGCACCUGGCUGGAGGACAAGCAGCGGAGCCUAGUCUCCCUGGACGCUCAGAGGGAUCCGGAGCAGAUCAUAGUCACUGCUCAGACGAUCCUGAGCUCCAAGCCCGAGGGAGACUCCAAGCUGACGGAGCUGAGGAGACGCAGCCAGAGUCUGUCCGACCAGGAGGAGCUGGAGGAGGACGUGAGGCGAGAGGCCCGGCGGACGGCUCAAGACUCGGAGGAGCGAUGGAGCGCGCUCCUGCGAACCGCAGAGAACACGCUGCAGAACGCUGAGGUGCGCUACUCGCUCUCCAGGGAGACGGAGGCCUUGUGUGCCCAGGCGCAGAGCACCAGAAGCUGGGUUAGAAAUCUGCGGGAGGAGGCCGACUCCAAAGGGAAAGGCCCCCAGGGCAGUCGGGCUCAGCUGGAGGACAGGCUGAACACGGCACAGGUCAUCUUGAGCUUCAAGUCCAACGGCGAGGCUCAGGUGACGGAGCUAAAGAGACGAGCUCAGAGUCUCUGUGAGCAGAAAGACCUGGAGGCAGAAAAGAAGCUGGAGCUUCAGCAGAUGGUCGCGGACAUUGAGGAGCAGUGGAGGACGGUUCUUCAGGCCGCCGAGGAAACCCAGAGAGAGUUGAAGGCUCUCGUGAAGCGGCUGGUGUCCUGUCGAUACAAGCGGCGCCAGGCCGAGGCCCGACUGACGGAGCUCCGGAGGCAGACGUCCGAGCUGCCGCGCGUCUUCCCUUGGCCGGGCCUGGGCGAGCGCCGGCAGGCGGUGGAACAGGCCCAGAGCCUGCUCGAGCAGAGCACCGCCCUGGCCCCCGUCCUCGCAGACGUCCACACUCAGACUGCGAAGCUGUUUGAGAUCACACAGGACCAGGACUUGGUCGACCCCGCCUGGGCGGCCAAGGAGGGAUCCAUCCCUGCUCUGCUGAAAGAGCUGACGGGUGCGGUGGCUGACUCGGAGCAGGGCAUCCUGACGGAGAGGCAGUGCACCCAGCUGGUGGAGCAGCACGAAGCAGCUCAGGACUGGCUGAGGGAGCACGUGAAAGGCCUGGGAGCUGCUCCGACCGACAGACAGGGGCUGCACGGAGCCGUCAACACUCUGAAGGCUCUGCUCCAGACGGUGGACAGGGAGCAGAGGGAGAUGAAGGAGCUGGACGCCGCCAGAGACCAGCUGCUGGGCCUGUGCACCCCUGGGGGUCAGGAUUCACUCACUCUGGAGGUCAGGCAACUGCACGACCUGUGUGCUGCCUCGGAGCAGGAGGUGAGGGAGCGUCUGGCGGCCUGCGAGGCCCGGCUGGAGGAGCUGGAGAGCCAGUCAGCCCGCAGGGGCCGGGAGCUGAAGGAGAGAGCCGCCGCCCUGCAGUGGGAGCUCCGCUCUCUGGACCAGGCGCUGACCUACAGCGAACCACAGAACAACAUCGCUCAGCUGCAACAGCACUGGAACAGCCUGCAGAACUGUGAGAAGUCGCUGGAGGAUUUGGGUGUGAAAGUUCAUGACCUACACCAGGAAGUGAGGUCAACGCCUGCCGCCAAUGAGCUGCCAGCAGACACGAUCAGCGUGGUGGAAUCUUUACGCCAGCAACACGACAGUCUCAGAUCCCGGCUGAGUGAGCAUCAGGGUUCCUGCUCCGCAAACACUCGUCGCUGUCUGACCGAUUGUCUUCGAGCUCUGCAGCAGUGGAAUCACUGCAAACCAUCAGAGUCGAUUUCUUCUCUGCAGGUGACGUUAGAGGAAGGUGAGACGUUGCAGGUCAGCCUGCGUGAGGCGCAGUCUCACCAGCAGUUUCUAACGGAUUGUCUGACGCCAGUUUGGUUUGAGACACUGGAGAAAGAGUGUUCCGAAACGCUCAGAGAGGCAGACGAACAUGAAGGUUCUCUGAUCCAGACCUUAAAGGAACUUGAUGAGAGGAAGAAAGAAAAACUGGAUGACAUUCAGUCCCCAGAUGUCCCGUCGAUGAAUCUAGAGGAGACAAAGACUUCUGUUGUGGCACCUCCACGAAAAAAUAAGCGCUCGCCUGAGAAAAAACCUCUGAAACCAAUUCGAUUGAUGGAAAAAUCAUCUACAUCUGUUGAGGAGGAAUUGACACUUUCAGCUGAGCUCUUGCCAACUGGCACUGAAACAUCGAAGCCUAAAGUGAUAGUAGUCAUGGAAGGUGCAGGAAGUACCGGUGAGGGGCAAACCACAAUUGAAAUAACAAAAAGGACAUCUCCAACAAAUGCUUCGGAAUCUAUCACAGAACAAAGUUACAAGGCACAGCAUAAAGGUAUAACACUAGUUGUCACAGUGGAACCUGUUGAACCUGAGCUUAUUAAACCGGCUGUUGAGGAAACUACCCUGAUCCAGAAGGUCACUGAGAAGACUGCACCUGUUGUCAGGGAGGAAACUACACCUGUACCAUCCAGAAGAAAGUCCAGAGCUCUGACCAUGGAUACACAGCCUGUCCAAAAUAAAGUGGAGACAAUGGAAACCAUAACUCUGGAUCUAUCAGAGCCAUUCGUUUCUGUCCCUGCAUCAAACGAUGUUGUAGGUGAACUCACUGAGAAAGUGAUGGAGACCCUGAAAUACUCCCUCCCUAUGUCAACCACAGAGGAAGCUAAGACCAUGGCUGAGCUUGGACAUACUAGUCCAAUGAGAUCAGAAGUGUCUCUAAAGGCAGAAGCUGCUCUUGUGGAUGAACCUAAGAAAGUACCAACCAGAAGGAAGUCAAAGAAUCUAGAUUUUUCAACUGUUCCAGAGCCAGUGUCAGCAGCUGAAAGACCAGAGAAGUCUACGACCUCAGAAUUUGUUCAAGGGCCACCUGACAUUGAGAUUUUAUCAACCAAGCGAGGGUCAAAGAAUCCAAGCCGUCCUCAGAAACACACCAACCAGCAGGCAGAGCAGAUGAAGAGGGAAUCUGAAGGUCAACCCGUGGAGCCUGAAGAUAUCAAGAUAGAGCCCGACAACCUGACGUCUUCCUCAACUCUGCAGGAGGUCACAGAAACAACUGAAACAAUUCUACUGAAAGGAAAUAAGGUUUCUCCAACCAAGAGAAGAUCAAAGGGUCAAAAACUCUCUCCAGAACAUGGUACCAAGGAGGUGACAGAUGCUAAGGAGCCUUCGAGGAACUCCAGAGAGCAAACUGAAAAUGUUGUGGAAGAUACUGAAGUUAUACUAAUCAGGAGGAAAUCAAAGAGUCUGGAGGUUUCCACAGUUACUGAGCAAGUGUCACCCAGUGAUACAGCUUCUUCUAUGGACCCUACGGAAACAAAGGACACUGAGGCACCUCAGACUUCGGAAGAGCCAGAAAGUCAAGAAUCUUCUUUGAAUUCAAAUACAGGUAUCAAUAUUGAGCAAACUAAGUUUGUACCAGCUACAAGAAAGUCAAAAAGUUAUGAUGUUGCCACAACAUCCGAGACAGUCGUUACCCAUGUUAGAUCACCUGAUGUGCAGUCUGAACAGAAUAAGGUAGAACUCCAUGGUCAAAAAUCUUCAAUUCCAGAUGUGGCCAUGCAUACGCUCUCAUCAACCACAAUAAUUUCUCCAGAACUUUAUCACAAGGUGGAAACACAGGCCAUGGAAAAAUCUGACACUCAGAUAACUGAAGCUGCGAUUUUGGAAGAAACAGUGGUUAUACCCAACAGGAGGAAGUCAAAGAAAAGUCAAGAAAGUCAGAAGUCAUCUUCAGUUACAAGCGCGGUCCCAGCCCCAACGGAAACUACUGCUGUGGAAAAGGGAAAGCUGUCACCAACCAAAAGAAAGUCAAAGGCUCACACACAGAAGUCUUUAGAGAAAACUGAGACUGUCCUUUUACAGGAAACAGAGAUCAUAACAAGUUCUGACGUUGGAGCAGCUGUAGACCCAGUCUCUGACAGCAGUGGGAGUCCUGAUGUGGAGUCUAAGGAAGCUAGGAAAGAACUUGAAAGUGGGAAGGCUAUUUCCUAUGCACAGGUUGUCAUGGGAACACCCAAACCUACUGUUGUGGAAGAACAAAAGCCCUUGCCAACCACAAGAAAGUCAAAGAGUCCAAAGGCUUCUCCUGAACCUUCUCACAAGGAGGAAAAAAAUGCCAUGGAAAAGACUGACAGUCAGAUAACUGAAGCUGCUACUGUGGAAGAGACUAAAGUUAUACCCAACAGGAGGAAGUCAAAAGAAGUUCCUGACAGUCAGAAGUCAUCUUUAGCUAUAAGCGCAGUCACAGCACAAACUGAAAUUCCUGUUGUAGAAAAGGUAAAGCUGUCACCAACCAAAAGAAAGUCAAAGGAACUUCCCCCAGAGGUUUCCACCAAGGAUGUGGCAGAGAUCGUAAAAGAGCCUCACCUGCAGAAGUCUGUAGAGCCAACUGAGACUGUUCAAUUAAAGGAAACAGAGCUCAUCACAACCAGGACCAUGUCAAAGAGUUCUGGUGAUACCACAGCUGUACAACCAGUGUUUGUCAUUAUUGGUACUACUGAUGUGAAGCCUCAGGAAGCUAGGAAAGAACUUGAAAGUGGGAGUCCUUCUUCAACUUCACAGGCAGUCAUAGGAACGCUUGAAUAUUCUAUUGUGGAAGAAUGUAAGCCUUUUCCAACCACAAGAAAGUCAAAGAGUCCAAAGGCUUCUCCAGAAACUUCCCACAAGGAUGAAACAAAGGCCACAGACAUGCCAGACAGUCAGAUGCCUGAAACUGCUACUGUGGAAGAAACAAAAGUUAUACCCAACAGGAGGCAGUCAAAGGAAGGUCCUGACAGUCCAAAGCCAUCGUCAGCCCCGGACGUGGUCACGGCACCAACGGAAAUUCCAGUUGUGGAAAAGGGAAGGCUGUCGCCAACCAAAAGAAAGCCAAAGAGACCAAAACUUUCUCCAGAAUUUUCUCACAAAGAGGAAACACGGGCCAUCAUAAAGCCUGACAGUCGGAUAACUGAAGCUGUAGUUGUGGAAGAGACUAAGUUUAUACCCAACAGGAGGAAGUCAAAGGAAGGUCCUCACAGUCAGAAGCCAACUUCAGCCCCAGAGGUGGUCACAGCACAAACUGAAAUUACUGCUGUGGACAAGGGAAAGCUGUCACCAACCAAAAGAAAGUCAAAGUCUCAGCAACUUCUCCCAGCAGUUGCCACCAAGGAUGUGGCAGAGAUGAUGAAAAGGCCUGACUCAAAGAAGUCUUUAGAGCAACCUGAGACUGUUCUUUUACAGGAAACAGAGAUCAUAGCAACCAAUUUAAGGCCAAAAAGUUCUGACGUUGGAGCAGCUGUAGAGCCAGUGUCUGACAGUAAUAGGAUUCCUGAUGUGGAGUCUAAGGAAGCUAGGAAAGAACUUGAAAGUGGGAAGGCUAUUUCCUAUGCACAGGUAGUCAUGGGAACACCCCAACCUACUGUUGAGGAAGAACAAAAGCCCUUGCCAACCACAAGAAAGUCAAAGAGUCCAAAGGCCUCUCCUGAACCUUCUCACAAGGAGGAAACAGAGGCCAUGGAAAAGACUGACAGUCAGAUAACUGAAGCUGCUACUGUGGAAGAGACUAAACUUAUACCCAACAGGAGGAAGUCAAAAGAAGUUCCUGACAGUCAGAAGUCAUCUUUAGCUACAAGCGCGGUCACCGCAACAACUGAAAUUCCUGUUGUAGAAAAGGUAAAGCUGUCACCAACCAAAAGAAAGUCAAAGGGACAGCAACUUCUCCCAGAAGUUGCCACCAAGGAUGUGGCGGAGAUCAUAAAAGAGACUCACAUGCAGAAGUCUUUUGAACAAACUGAGACUGUUCUAUUAAAGGAAACAGAGCUCAUAACAACCAGGAGUGUUUCUGAUGAUACCAUUCCUGUAGAACCAGUGUCUGUCAUUGAUGAGACUACUAAUGUGGAACCUCAGGAAGCUAGGAAAGAACUUGUAAGUGGGAGCAUUUUUUCAACUGCACAGGUAGUCAUUGGAGCACCUGAAAGUACUAUGGUGGAAGAACAUAAGCCCUUGCCAACAACAAGAAAGGCGAAGAGUCCAAAAGUCUCUCUAGAACUUUCUCACAAGGAGGAAACCCAGGCCAUGGACAAGCCUGGCAGCCAGAUAACUGAAGCUGCUACUGUGGAAGAAACAAAGACCAAACGCAACAGGAGGAAGUCAGAGGAAGGUCCCGGCUGUCAGAAGCCAUGUUCAACUCCAGAGGUGGUCACAAAGCUUUCACCUAAGGUUUCCCUCGAACUUGCUAACAAGGUGCAGAAGUUGACUGUUCAGGUUGGAGGCACUGAUGCCAUCCAGAAGCUCCCAGAUCUUUCCUCACAGUCUACAGAUGCACCACAUGGAGCAGAUUCUGUUGACAAGUUAUCGAAAAACACAGCUGAGAUUCAAAAAAGAUAUUUGAUCCUCGAUAUGCCGGACAUAGAGAUUACCCAGACAUGUGACAUAAAACCAGUAGCUGAGAGUGACGCCACUCGGCCUACUUCUGCUAUUCUUGCAGAGGCGGAAGAGAUAAACCCAUCUGAGGAAGAAGUAAUGAAACUCAGCGAAUCUAUGAGUCAGCUCAAGAUCAUGGAGACCACCCAGGGAAGACACAGGAAAGAGGAAAAGGAACAUGUCCAAAAGGAGCAUGCUCAACUGUCAACAUACGAUGUGCAAGAUUCCUCAGACAGCCUGAGUGAGAAGUCUGAUCAGACGGAUGGAAUCCUCUAUGUGGCAACGACUAGCAUACACAAAAUGCAAAUCAGAUCUUUCUCUAAAGCGCUAAAGAUUGAUCCAGAACAUUCGGAUAUCCCAAGUAAAACAGUGCCAGAAAGGAAGGAUGUGACAACUCGUAUUACACAGCCAGAGAAGGCUGCAGUUGUAGCAAUAAGCAAUACUGAAACUGUUGUUGCAGCUCGGCAGCCACAUGAGGCAGAAACCAGUUCAUCUGAGAAUGACACAGUGACACUGAGCCCGACUGUGAUUCAGUUGGAGCUUUUAAAAACCACGCAGAAAGGACCGCAAACUGAAGGGUCCACACAUGUCAUGCAGGAUACCCCAGAGAGCCUGGGAGAAAAGUCAGGGAAAAUCCACACCGCGUCUGAAGUGUGCAUUCUACAACUAGAUAUACCAACCAGCUCGGAGAACAACGAAAACACCUCUAUCCGGAAAGCAAAGGAGCCAAAGAUGGAUAUUGUUGAAACAUGUAUCCAGGGUGAAGGAGUUCAAGAAAACAAAGAUGUGUCUCCUGCUGAUGAUAAACCAGAGAAGGCUGCAGUUAAGUUAACUAUGACAAAAGUAAGUAGUCCCACAUUUAAAGACAAUAUGGCUCAAAGGGGCUCUGCUCAACCCUCCUCUCCUGCUCCUGAAAUAUUUCCAACACAUGAAGCGGGGACAACACACGAAAGUCUCAAAGUGAUUGAGGAACACGGUGUCCAAGAGCAGCCUCCUACAGUGUUGAUGUAUGGCAUGGACAGACCGCCCAGAAGCGUGGAUGGAAAGUCGGUACUGAAGGAUAAAAUCCCCAUGGGGCCUGAAGUCUGCAUUUUGCAACUAGAUAUAAGUUCCACUUCAGAGGAGAACCAGAAGCCAAGAAUAGAUAUUGUUCAAACAACUAUCCAGAGAGAGAGAGUGCCAGAAGACAAAGACACGACUACUGCCGGUGUAAAGCCAGAGAAAGCUGCAGUUGAGAUAACUGAGAUUAAGAUGCAAGAAAGCAGGACUGAAAGUCAAGUGAACGUUUCUAAAAAGGACUCUCCUCAACCCACUUUUGAUGUUUCAGAACUAUUGCAGCCAUUUGAGACAGAAUUUAUAGAAAUAAGCUUAUAUGAGCAAGACAUAGUGAAACCUAGCAAAAGUGGAAUUAGGAUGGAGUUCUUGAAAACCACACAGACAGAUAGACAGACAGCGGUAAAGGAACAGGGGGUCCAAGAAGAAUAUCAUGAAGUGACAGUACACGGUAUGGACGAUGUCCCCAAGAGCCUGGAUGAAAAGUCUGUUAUGAUCGAGAAAAUGCCCGUGGAGCGUGAGGUACGUGUUUUACAACUUGAUAUACCGACUAGUCUUGAGGAGCAUGAAAACGCAUGUGUGGUGAUUGCAAAGGAACAGAGGACUUCUAAAAUUCAAACUCAGGGUAAUAAAGAGCCACAAAAGAAAUCUAAGCCCACAGCUGAUGUUCACAGUCAGAAGGUAGAAGUGCAACAAGCCAGAACUGAAUGGCGAGAGGAUGCAGCUGAGCGUGACUCCACUCAGCCCGGCUCUGUUGUUGCUUCAGUAGUGCAAGUGAGUGAAGUAAUGAAAAAAUUUGGAGACAUUAGCUCAUCUGAGAAAGACAAAGCAAGAAAAGCGUUGAUCAGGAUCGACGUCGAAGCAUGUGAACUGCAAGAAGAGAAUGCUGAAGUGUGUACAAGUGAUGAGCAUGGUACUGUCCAGAAUGAGAAUGAAAUGUCGCUUCAGGUGGAGAAAAUCAAAAAAGGGACUGAUGUGUGCAUUUUACAACCUAAUACACAGACCGUUAUACAGGAGAAUGAACUCAAAAAUGUUGAAAAGGUGCCAGGGAUUGAUAAAGAUCGAACAACUAUCCUGCGUUCUAAAGUGGGGGAGAAAAUUCCCAUGGAGCGCGAAGUACGUGUUUUACAACUUGACACACCCAGCAGUGUUAAGGAGCAUGGAACCACAAUUGUCAUGAUAAAGGAGCCAAGGGUUCAUAUAGUUCAAAUGCAAGGUGAUAAAGAGCCACAAGACAAAGAUAAGACUACAGCUGCUGUUUACAGUGAGGAGUCUGUCAGAAUGGAGAGAAUUCACAAGAAGGCAGAUGGAAACAAAGACCUGACCUCCACUACCGUUCAGCCUGAAAACACUGCUGGUGUGUUGACGAUGGUAGAAGUGAAGGUUGAGGAAUGUGACAUGGACGAUCAACCCAAGGUCCUUCGUGAUGAAAAGUCUGUCAGAUUGGAGACAAUCCCCAUAGAAGCUGAUAAAAAGAAAAAUUUGACUUCAACUGCUGGUCAGCCUGAAAAGACUUCUGGUGUGUUGACCAUGGUAGAAGUGAAGGUUGAGGAAUGUGAGCUGGACGAUCAACCCAAGGUCCUUCAUGAAAAGUCUGUCAGAUUUGAGACAAUCCCCAAGGACGAUAAUAAAAACAAAGACUUUACCACAACUUCUGGUCAGCCAGAAAAGACGCAUGGUGUGUUGACUAUGGUAGAAGUGAAGGUUGAGGAAUGUGACAUGGACGAUCAACCCAAGGUUCCUCAUGAUGAAAAGUCUGUCAGAUCGGAGACAAUCCCAAAGGAGUAUAAUGAAAACAAAGACCUGACCUCCACUACCGUUCAGCCUGAAAAGACUGCUGGUGUGUUGACGAUGGUAGAAGUGAAGGUUGAGGAAUGUGACAUGGGCGAUCAACCCAAGGUCCUUCGUGAUGAAAAGUCUGUCAGAUUGGAGACAAUCCCCAAGGAGGAUGAUGAGAAGAAAAACCUGACUUCUUCUCCUGUUCAGCCUGAAAAGACUGCUGGUGUGUUGACCAUGGUAGAAGUGAAGGUCGAGAACUAUGAGAUGGACGAUCAACCCAAGGUCCCUCAUGAUGAAAAGUCUGUCAGAUUGGAGAAAAUCCCCAAGGAGGCUGAUGAAAACAAAGACCUGACCUCCACUACCGUUCAGCCAGAAAAGACGCAUGGUGUGUUGACUAUGUUAGAAGUGAAGGUUGAGGAAUGUGACAUGGACGAUCAACCCAAGGUUCCUCAUGAUGAAAAGUCUGUCAGAUCGGAGACAAUCCCAAAGGAGUAUAAUGAAAACAAAGACCUGACCUCACCUACCGUUCAGCCUGAAAAGACUGCUGGUGUGUUGACCAUGGUAGAAGUGAAGGUUGAGGAAUGUGACAUGGGCGAUCAACCCAAGGCCCUUCGUGUUGAAAAGUCUGUCAGAUUGGAGACAAUCCCCAAGGAGGAUGAUGAGAAGAAAAACCUGACUUCUUCUCCUGUUCAGCCUGAAAAGACUGCUGGUGUGAUGACCAUGGUAGAAGUGAAGGUCGAGAACUAUGAGAUGGACGGUCAACCCAAGGUCCCUCAUGAAGAAAAGUCUGUCAGAUUGGAGACAAUCCCCAUGGAGGCUGAUGAAAACAAAAAUUUGUCUUCAACUGCUGGUCAGCCUGAAAAGACUGCUGGUGUGUUGACGAUGGUAGAAGUGAAGGUUGAGGAAUGUGACAUGGACGAUCAACCCAAGGUCCCUCAUGAUGAAAAGUCUGUCAGAUCGGAGACAAUCCCAAAGGAGGAUAAUGAAAACAAAGACCUGACCUCCACUACCGUUCACCCUGAAAAGACUGCUGGUGUGUUGACCAUGGUAGAAGUGAAGGUUGAGGAAUGUGACAUGGACGAUCAACCCAAGGUCCUUCAUGAAGAAAAGUCUGUCAGAUCGGAGACAAUCCCAAAGGAGGAUAAUGAAAACAAAGACCUGACCUCCACUACCGUUCAGCCUGAAAAGACUGCUGGUGUGUUGACCAUGGUAGAAGUGAAGGUCGAGAACUAUGAGAUGGAUGAUCAACCCAAGGUCCCUCAUGAUGAAAAGUCUGUCAGAUUGGAGACAAUCCCCAUGGAGGCUGAUGAAAACAAAAAUUUGACUUCAACUGCUGGUCAGCCUGAAAAGACUGCUCGUGUGUUGACCAUGGUAGAAGUGAAGGUUGAGAAAUGUGACAUGGACGAUCAACCCAAGGUCCCUCAUGAUGAAAAGUCUGUCAGAUCGGAGACAAUUCCAAAGGAGUAUAAUAAAAACAAAGACCUGACCUCCACUACCGUUCAGCCUGAAAAGACUGCUGGUGUGUUGACCAUGGUAGAAGUGAAGGUCGAGAACUAUGAGAUGGACGAUCAACCCAAGGUCCCUCAUGAUGAAAAGUCUGUCAGAUUGGAGACAAUCCCAAAGGAGGAUAAUGAAAACAAAGACCUGACCUCCACUACCGUUCAGCCUGAAAAGACUGCUGGUGUGUUGACCAUGGUAGAAGUGAAGGUUGAGGAAUGUGACAUGGACGAUCAACCCAAGGCCCUUUAUGAAGAAAAGUCUGUCAGAUCGGAGACAAUCCCAAAGGAGGAUAAUGAAAACAAAGACCUGACCUCCACUACCGUUCAGCCUGAAAAGACUGCUGGUGUGUUGACGAUGGUAGAAGUGAAGGUUGAGGAAUGUGAGAUGGACGAUCAACCCAAGGCCCUUCAUGAAGAAAAGUCUGUCAGAUUGGAGACAAUCCCCAAGGAGGAUAAUGAAAACAAAGACCUGACCUCCACUACCGUUCAGCCUGAAAAGACUGCUGGUGUGUUGACCAUGGUAGAAGUGAAGGUCGAGAACUAUGAGAUGGACGAUCAACCCAAGGUCCCUCAUGAUGAAAAGUCUGUCAGAUUGGAGACAAUCCCCAUGGAGGCUGAUGAAAACAAAAAUUUGCCUUCAACUGCUGGUCAGCCUGAAAAAACUGCUGGUGUGUUGACGAUGGUAGAAGUGAAGGUUGAGGAAUGCGAGAUGGACGAUCAACCCAAGGUCCUUCAUGAAAAGUCUGUCAGAUUUGAAACAAUCCCCAAGGAGGCUGAUGAAAACAUUUCUGUAGUGACAACCAAGGAAACAACAACAGAAAUAGUUAAAACAAGUAUAUCAGCUGAAGAAGUGCCAGAAAACAAAGACCUGACUUCUGCUGCUGUUCAACCAGCAAAGACUGCUGGUGUGUUGACUAUGGUAGAAGUGAAGGUUGAGAAAUUUGACAUGGAUGAACCACCUAAGGUUUUUAAAGAAAAGUCGGUCAUAAGUGAGACAAUCCCCAAGGAGGCUGAUGAGAACAUCUCUGUUAUGACAACCAAGGAAACAAAGACAGAAAUAGUUAAAACAAGUAAAUCAGCCGAAGAAGUGCCAGUAAACAAAGACCUGACUUCUGCUGCUGUUCAACCUGCAAAGACUGCUGGUUUGUUGACCAUGGUAAAAGUGAAGGUUGAGGAAUGUGACAUGGACGAUCAACCCAAGGUCCUUCAUGAAGAAAAGUCUGUCAGAUUGGAGGCAAUCCCCAAGGAGGAUAAUGAAAACAAAGACUUUAUCUCAACUUCUGGUCAGCCAGAAAAGACUGCUGGUGUGUUGACCAUGGUAGAAGUGAAGGUUGAGAAAUGUGAAAUGGAUGAUCAACCCAAAGUCCCUCAUGAUGAAAAGUCUGUCAGAUUGGAGACAAUCCCAAAGGAGGAUAAUGAAAACAAAGACCUGACCUCCACUACCGUUCAGCCUGAAAAGACUGCUGGUGUGUUGACCAUGGUAGAAGUGAAGGUUGAGGAAUGUGACAUGGACGAUCAACCCAAGGCCCUUUAUGAAGAAAAGUCUGUCAGAUCGGAGACAAUCCCAAAGGAGGAUAAUGAAAACAAAGACCUGACCUCCACUACCGUUCAGCCUGAAAAGACUGCUGGUGUGUUGACGAUGGUAGAAGUGAAGGUUGAGGAAUGUGAGAUGGACGAUCAACCCAAGGUCCUUCAUGAAAAGUCUGUCAGAUUUGAGACAAUCCCCAAGGAGGCUGAUGAGAACUUCUCUGUUAUGACAACCAAGGAAACAACGACAGAAAUAGUUAAAACAAGUAAAUCAGCCGAAGAAGUGCCAGAAAACAAAGACCUGACUUCUGAUGCUGUUCAACCUGCCAAGACUGCUGGUGUGUUGACCGUUGUAGAAGUGAAGGUUGAGGAAUGUGAAAUGGACGAUCAACCCAAGGCCCUUCAUGAAGAAAAGUCUGUCAGAUUGGAGACGAUCCCCAAGGAGGCCGAUGAAAACAUUUCUGUCAUCACAACCAAGGAAACAAGGACAGAAAUAGUUAAAACAACUAUAACAGAAAAGAAUGCUCAAGGGUUGAAACAAGAAGUGAGGGAUGUACCCAGGAGCCAGGAUGCAAAAUGUGUUACAAAGGGUGAAAUCCACAUGCUUGUACAUGAGAAUAAAAUGGUCACAACACAAAAGGAACCGAGGAUGGAAUCAAGUAUCCACUUUGACAAGGUUAAAGAAAGCACCGAUAUGACUUCAUCAGAUGUUCAGCCUGACAAGUCUACAGUUAAGAAGAUCAGGUUUGAAGUUCAGGAGAGGUCUGCUGACUCUUUGUGUAGACUCGGUGUGGCUCCUCAAGUCCAAAAAGACAAACACACAACUGAUGCAAUGGACAAGAAAGCAGAGGAGCUGCAGGAAGAGAAGAAGAUAUUGAUUCAGAAACGACAAAGUGCAACAAUCGAAGCAGAGAUGCGAACCUUUUCACUCCCAAUAUACACAACAGGUGAAAUCAGGCUUCGGGGCUUUGGUUCGCCGAAGCAGGUGAGCAGAGCUGACAAGACACCAACGGCUCAGCCAUCGUCAACCGACCUGGAAGGAUUAGCUGCUCAGGAAAACAAAGAAGAGGGAAGUGUUGUGGAGUCGCCAGAAGGCUUCGGCAUCAGAAACAUCUUCACAGAAAUGCAGCUACUCGCAGAGACGGGACCCGGCAGCGAGCUCACUCAGGCCAAAUCACAGGAGGAUGCUCCAGAGACUCUGAUCACGUCCACCGGAGAUAUGGAGGGUUCCCUCAGCAGACUGGUGUCUAAAAUCUUGAGCUGCAAGAAUCGCCCUGCUGAGCUCAGCCCAGCGGCCAUGGCCCUUCAGGUGGAGGAAGCUCAGCAGUGCAGAGAGGCCGCCCAGGCCCAGGCGGCAUCGCUCCCCCAGCCGAGAGGAGCUGACGCUGGGCAACGAAAAACGCUGGAGGAUCAGUGGAACUCUGCUGCUCAGGAUGCAGCUGCUGUCGUCCAGAGUAAAGAGGCCCGGCUGCAGCUCGUGGCUGAUUACUGCCGACAGACCCAAAUUGCCAAGACCACAGUGGAGAGACAGACGGCGGAACUGGAGGCUGUGAAAACGUCUCCAGAGCAGAGCAGCUCAGAGGAGGCGGAGCAGCUGCGCUCCUUCCAGAGAAGCUUGGAGCAGAACAGAGCGGUUCUCGGGGAGUUGCUCGUGACCUUCACCAGGUUGUUGCCCAACCUCAGCCAGUGUGAGCGAGCGACCGCACAGGCCGAGCAGAAGAACCUUCAAGGGAAGUGGAGAGGCCUGGAGAGAGCUGUGGAGAGGACCCUUCAUCACACACAGGUCCACGCUCAGGAGACCGGCAGCCUUCAGUCGGAGAUAUCAAGUCUCCAGGAACACUUGGAAACCAUCGACAGAGACCUCGAGGCCGAGUCUCCUCCGGUUGCGCAGUGGAACUGCAAGAAGGCUCAGCAGCUGAUGGAAGCGAACGCUGAGGUGAAAGCUGCCCGGCAGAAAUGCCGCUAUUUGCAGGAGCUUUCAGAGGCGCUAACGCUGAGCUUGCGAUGGGAGAAGGAGACAAAAGAAAUACAACGGGGGCUCCAGAAGAUCCGAGACAAACUCAGCCACACGGAGGAACUGGUGUCCACUCAAACCCGGAACAGCAGCAGCCCCAUCAUGGAGAAAAUAAUUGUGGUGAUGAUGGACGGCCUCGUCUGGGCGAAGCAGACGGAGAGUGACAUCGAGGGCAGGAGGAAGAGGGUGGCCCUCCUCCCCGAGGAGGUUCACCGACAGCUCAGAGAUCUGAAGAAGCUGCAGUCGGAGGUGAUGGGCAAACAGGGCCAACUGGAGUCUCUGGUGGAGGAGGUGACGGAGCUUCUCCCACAGCUGGACCAGGGCGAGGAGGUGCCCAUGAUCCGCGCUUCUCUUCUGUCCCUCGAACGGCUCUCCAAGUCCACCACCGACAAGCUUGCCAAGGCCGUGAGGGAGAUCGAGUCCGGGCUGCAGACCAGAGAGAAGAUGUCCGAGCAGAUUGCCGAUCUGGAUUCCUGGGUCGUGGCUCAUCUGCACAGAGAGGCCACCAGGAGUGAAGACGGCGAGUUGAGGAGCCAAACUGAACUGGACCGCAGGGUUCGUCAGAUGCAGGAGACGCUGGCCGAGGCCGACAAACAGGCCGCCGUGUGCGAGGCUCUUCUAAUGAAGAGCAAAGACAUUUCCUCCGAACUCAGCGUCUCGGAGAACUGUCGUCUCUUUGAAAAGCUCUCCGACCUGCAGGACGACAUCAAAGCCAUCAGGACCUGCGAGCAGGCCUCCAAGAAGGAGCUGGACGGACUCAUCCAAUCUCGAGAUUCAAACAAGAAAAACCUGGUGACCAUUGAACAAAGCCUGAGGCAGAUGUCGGUGUAUCUGAACAGACACCGGUUCCCCAUCACCAGAGAGUCCCUGCGGCCGUUAGAGGCGUUCAAAUGCACCAUUUUAGAGCACAAGUCCCAGGUCGACCUCCUGCAGCCCGGCAUCCCCCAGGAGAAGACCCGGGAGCUGUACUCCAUCAUCUCUGAAAUCCACAGCCAAAUGAUGAAGCUGGAAACAAAGGCCAGAGAUCACGAACGGUACCUGAGCACGAGGCAGCGGGUGGAGGAGCUCAGCGAGGACGUUCAGAAGCAGGUCCGACGGACCAAAGGAGACGGCGAGGAGCUGGAGGACACGUACAAGAUCUGUCAGAGCCUCACGGUCCAGUUCCCUCUGAUCAAGUGGUUGUGUGGCGAGGCUCGCGCCGAACUCCAGAAUAUCUCCGCCGACCUCUACCCGUCUCAGCUGACCACAGAGCAGCAUCGGCUCAAACAGACCGAGGAGAGCCUCGACACCGGGCUGAUCACGCUCCUCAACAACCUCAGCGUCAUCGAGUGGAAACUACUGAAGGAACGGGACCUGGAGUCAGUGAGGAAAGACACUCUGGCCUUUGUUCUGAAGAGCCAGCAGGAGCUCCAGAAACCCACCGCGCUGCAGCCGAAAGAAACGGCGAUCAACAGAGAGUACCAGAGAAUCUUGUCCUUGAAAAAGACGGUGGAGUCGAGAACGAGAGCGCUGGAGAUUCUGGAGCAGAAGAAGGGAAGUCGUAAAGGAGGCAAAUCCCAAGAUCUGGUGGUCUUGAAGAAAACGGUCCUCAGUGAAUGUGACUCGAAAAUGGAAAGCGUCCUCCAGGCCCGGGAGUCUCUGAGAAGCUACACGUGCGCCGUGAAGCGAGCGGCCCAGUUCCUGCGGGACAUCGAGGUCUGCCUGCUGCCGCCGCACGGCUCCGCCGGGCCCUGCUGCGAGCGGCUGGACGCGACCCAGAAGGCCCUGGACGCCCUGCAGCAGAAGUUCCAGACCCACGUGGAGCAACUGCAGGGCCAGCAGUUCGCGCUGCACCCUCACCUGUCCCCCCAGAAGACGGAGCAACUACAGGAGAGCAUCCUGAGCCAGCUGCUGGUGAGGAUGUCCACGCUGCAGGCGAAGGGCCACGUCCAACUGGAGGCUCUCAGCAGGUGUUCGGAACAUCACAGAACUCACAUCAGGUGUCAGGAGGAAAUCGUGCAGAGUGUGAAGAGUUCAGAGAGCAGCUUAUCGCAGUUCAUCUCUCACAAACCCACAUGUCUCACUGACUGCACCGACCAGGAGGCCAAGCUCACAGCCCUGUCCGCGGAGGCCGAGUCCCUGCCGAGGCGUUUGGAGGAGCUGGCGGAGGAGUGGUGCCCCGAGCUGAGCUGCAGCUGCGGCCGGGAGGCCACGGUCGCCACCGCCUUGAGACGUGUGUCCAGACUCCGGCGCUGCACUCGGGAGCUGGCGACUCGCAGCCGACAGAGGGUCGCGGAGUGGAGCGACAUAACCGACAGUGUGGAGAAGGCGUCCUCUGUCCUUGGGCAGGUGGAGGCGGAGCUUCCUGCCGUUUCCCAGGCGAAGGCCACGACUGAGGAGCUCCACGACCUGCUGCAGCCCUGGGAGCAGUACCAGGACCGGCUGGACUGCGAGCAUCGCUCCCUGUCGGCGCUGGAGCUGCGCGCCGCGCGGAUGCUGGGCGUCCCCGCCCACCUCGAGCAGGCCCCGCCCACUCCCCUCUGCCAGCAGCUGCAGGCCAUGCAGGCCCGAUACGGCAGUGUGAAGCAGAGGAGCAGGGAGGGACUGGAGGCGGCCCGGACGGAGCUGGAGGAGAGGGAGAAGGUCGGGAAGGAGCUGCAGGGCGUGCGGGUUUGGCUGCAGGCUGCAGACCAUCUUCUGUCGGAGAUGGAGCAGAGCAGCAGCACUCAGGAGCUACAGGAGGUCCACGGCCCGCUGUAUACCCAGAAGUCUUUGCUCCAGCGCAUCACAGAGAGCCUGAAAAGGAAGUACGCCGACACGCACACGCCGGUCCCGGUCGAGAUCGAAGGCCAACUGCAGGAAGUCAAGCAAUCGCUGCAGCAAGUGGAAGUGAAGGUGUCGGAGGCGGUGGAGAGGAGCGGUCCCGUCCACAGGUUGGGGGCCAAGCUGUCCGAGAUCCAGGCCGGUCUGAGGUCAGUUCAGAAGAGACUGGACCAGAGGAGCCCUACGGUGAUCGAGGCAAAGGUCAUUCAGAAGCGGGUGUGGGACGAGCUGGACGUGUGGCACUCGUGUCUGGCGGCGCUGGAGGUGGAAAUGCAGGAGCUGGACCAGCCUGAGGAGGCGCUGCCGCUCACCGAGAGGCUGAUGGACGUGCAGCAGUUUCACUCCCAGCUCGCCAAGCAGGCCGAGCAGAGGACCACCCUCUUCAGCAAGACUCACACGUGGCUCCAGGAGCAUCGGGAGAUGAUCAGCAGCUCCAAGAGCUGGAUGUCCGAGGCUCAGUCGUGGCUCGCCGCCCCCUGCGUUUACACCACGGCAAAGUGUCUGAGCGGCCACGUUCACUCUCUGCAGACGGUGCUGAGCGACUCGGCGCAGAUCCGCACCACACUGCAGGGCUUCAGGUCGGUGCUGCAGGAGAUGUCGCAAGUCUGCGACGUCACCACCCUCCAGCAGCAGCUGGUCGACGCCGACCGCCAAGUGGCUGACGUUCAGGACAGCUUCACCGCCCCGCUGUCGCAGCUGGAGCACGCCGCAGCCGAGGUGGAGGCCAUCGAGAGCGAGGUCCGGAAGAUGGAGAGCGACGUGGUGGAGAUCAAGACGUUGCUUUCGUCUCCGGAGACGUUCCCCAGCCCCCGAGAGGAGAAACUCAAGGUGGUCGAGCAGAAGAUCCAGUCCUAUAGGAGAACGGUGGCUGAGAUCCAGAAGUGUAAACCAGGCCUCUGUCUUCCAGAGAACGCUGAAGAGACUCUGACCGUCUUCAGAGCCGUGGAGCAGCUGCAGACUCUGCUGCUGGAUCUGGAGAAGAAGGUCCCAGCUCUGUUCAUCCAGCAGCCUGCGACUCCGGUCCAAGUCAAAGCUCCGUCGGCCGAGCAGACGACCGCUCAGCUCCCGAAGUCGGCUGUGCUGGAGGCCGAGAAGGAAGACGCCGACGAGGGCCAAAUCAAAAUAGUCCACGUGGAAGAGGACAUCCUGAAGAGACUGGGCGCCACGCUGCAGACCGUGGAGCAGAGACCACAGUCGCCUGACGCCGCUCAGCAGCGCGAGCAUCGUGUCGAGCCUCGAGCCGCAGAGAAAAAAGACAGUGAGCGGCAGAGAGUGGAAGCAGGAGGUGGAGGAGGUGUUUGGUGGUGGCUCUGGGAGACUUUCCUGGGCACUUCUCCAGAGGAACCUGCGUCCGUCAUCCCAGAAGAGUCUGAAGAAGCUGCUGCUGGACGAAGCUCCGGACCGACCGCAGAAGAGACACAGGAUGUUGAGGGAACCACUGACCCCACGGGAGCAAGUUCCCCCGACGCUUUAUCAGAGCCCCUGGGCACGGUCACGACCCAGUCGCUGCCCGAGAGCAUGGGGCUCAUGCAGGCUCAUGUGUGGCGGGGGGACGGCCGCCGCCGCCGCCAACGCCCCGAGGGGCCGGAGACGCACACGGGGUCGGAGGAGCCGGGCCGGUGGUCGGAGGAGCCGGGCCGGGGGUCGGAGGAGCCGGGCCGGGGGUCGGAGGAGCCCAGCCGGGGGUCGGAGGAGCCCGGCGUCCUCCUCCAUGUCUGCCUGCAGAGGGCCGGCCAGCUGGAGCUGUGGCUGCUGGAGGCCCAGAGGAGCCUGGUAGCCACCGGGUCGGAGGCCAUGCAGGACAGCGUGGAGCGGCAGCUCCGCACCUGCCAGGAGAUGUUCCUGGAGAUCGAGCAGAAGGUGGCGAGUCUGUCUUCGCUCGGCCAGGUCGCCGACCUCCAGCAGCAACUGGGACCUGGACCGGGACGUGGACCGGGAGCUGGACCGGGAGCUGGACCGGGACCUGGACUGGGACCUGGACCGGUAGCUGGACCGGGAGCUGGACCGGGAGCUGGACCGGGACCUGGACCGGGACCUGGACCGGGAGCUGGACCGGGAGCUGGACUAGGAGCUGUGGGAUCCCAGCAGGAGGCGGCUGAGUUGCUCUCCUCCAAACUGGAGCUCCUGAAGGCCAGCCUGGUCUCAGUCCAGCAGCUGCUGCAGGACAGACAGGACGAGGAGAGGACGAAGUCCCACAGACAAACACUGGAGCAGAAGUCUGAAGCUCAGGCACAGCGCCACCUUGAGUCCCGGUUGAAGCGCAGCGGCAGCGUUCAGGAGCUCUUCUCCUCGCCCAGGAACAAACUCCUCAGACAGAAUAGCCUGCAACAGCAGAAGGAGCUGGAGCAGGAGCUGGCGGAGCAGAGGGGACUGACCCGGGCCAUCGCCCGGCAGGGCAGCAGAGCUCGACUGUACAGCCAGGACUCAGAGGAGCACAGCCAGAUGUCAACAUGGUCGCCUCCUGCCGGGGCCGAUGUGGAGGAGGACUCGUGGCGCCGCCUUCACAGUCGACUGCUGGCCCUGGAGGAGAGCUGGCUGCUUCCUCCCGCCGAGGUGUCAGACUCAUCUGCGAGGCGCAGUGAUGGAACAGCGGGACGGAUGGCUGCCACGGAAAACCUGAAGGAGCUCCGGAGCCUAAUCAGCCUCCUGAGCGAGCUGGGAGUUGCGGCUGCGGAGCGUCCGGAGGAGGCUUCCUCUGCGGACGGCCGCCAUCGGACUCUGGACCAGGGUUUGUUCCAUGCGCUGCACCGGGCGUCCUUGUCCCUGACGUCCAUCAAUCACCUGCUGCACCCACCCGCUGAGGGGACGCACGCAGAGGACGCCCAGCUGAGGCUGCUGCAGAGUCUGUCAGCAGAGCUGGCGACCCUCGGCAGCCAGCUGGCCUCGCAGGGGCCAAAGGUCACCGGCGUGCUGGGGUCGCAGUGUGGUCAGCGGUGUGUGGACGACCUGAGCAGAGUCCUUCCCGUGGUCCGAGCCGCUCUGAGCGGCAGAGAGAAGCAGCUCAGGAACCUGCAGGAGGAGGCUGCAGCGCAACAGAGAUGCCUCAAAGAGUUGCAUGCGGCCUUCACCUCUAACCGGUCGACCGCUCAUCAGAUAAUCAAUGAAUUCAGCGGAUCGCUGGGACUUACUGAACAACUACAGGCCGCGUUGCAGAUCCGGGAGUGUCUGCAGCAUCAGGUGGAGCAGGCCAACUCCCUGCUGGAGGAGUCAGACCAACACCGCCUGCCCGCCUCUGUCCUCCACCAGGCCGCACAGCUGCAGGGCGAGCUGGACACGUCUCUGGCUGCCGUCAGCUCCCGCUGCGACGAGCUGGGGAGCAGCGUGGAGCUGCGGCAGCAGCACGAGCGGCUGGUCCGCGGCCUGGGGGAGCUGCUCGCUCUGGCCUCCGAGCGCCUCUCGCAGCAGCCCGACGCUGAGCCCCGGAGCCGAGCUCAGCUCCAGCAGCGGCUCCGCGGCCACACGAAGUUCUUCCAGUUCCUGGGCCAUCGCUUCAGGAUCCUGCAGUACCUGACCUCCAGACUCCCAGAGGACGCCCCCCGCAGGCGGGACGGCGUGGUGACGGGCCUGCGGGAAGAGGUGGCCCGGCUGCAGCGGCACGGACUGGAGAAGGGAACCAGGAUGCAGGAAACAUUACAGCUGUGGUCACAGUGGGAGGAGGACAGCGCCUGGGCAGACUCCCUGCUGACAGAGACCCAGACUUCAUUUCCCAAGAUGCAUCAGGAGGGUGAUCGUGAGGAGCAGUUAUCUGGAGAGCUCGAUGGCCACCAGGUCGGCGGCGUCCUGGAGGGGAACGGGGCGCGGUUCACUCGGACACUGGAGGCGGGGCUGCGGCUGCAGAAGGCGGGCUGUGGCGGCGUGGGUGUGGCCACCGGCGAGCUGGAGGCACGCUGGAGAUCCCUGCGCAAGAGGCUGGACAGUGAACGCACCAGCCUGGACAGAGAGAGGACACUGAGGAGCAGAUUCAAUCGUGACUCUGCCGCCCUGGCUGACUGGACGAGGAAGGCCAGAGGGCUGAUCGACGGAUGGAGCGGGUUGACGGCUGAGGGCGGCGACGACGUGGACGUUGAACAGAGGCGUGACCACUUCCUGCAGUGUGUGGCUUUGACCCAGGAGCUGGCGCUCAGCUCGGAGCUGAAGGCGGCCGUGGUCGCCGCCGGUUCCCAGCUGGUCCACAUGGAGGAGCAGGUCCCGGGCGAACGCUCGGCCAGAAACCCGCAGGAGGACGACGGCGACGGCGACCACGAGACUUCGGAGCCACGAUUCUGCUGCUCCGUCGGCUCGCGGCUCCGACAGACUGAGGCGGACUGGUCCGGUCUGCUGGCCGAGCUCCCUGUCGUCCAGCGGACGCUGCACAAGCGCUGGAUGAAGACGCUGACCCAGCAGGGGGCGCUGCUGCAGCUGCAGGUCUGGCUCGGAGCUGCCGAGUCCCAGCUGGAGGAGACUCGCAGCGGGAUCAACCUGAACUCCUCCGCCGACACUGACCUCGCUCAGCUGCUGAGACUCUGCAAGGAGCGUCAGGCGGAGCUGUCGGCCCAUCAGGCCACUCUGGACCACGUGAGCCAGCCGCUGCAGGCCUGCGGCGCCGGGGGCGACCAGACGGAGCGCUACGAACGCACCCGGUUCGCAGAGGAGCAGGGUCGUCUCAACCACCGGUGGCUCCGUUUACAGGAAGCCCUCGACUCUCAGACCCGGGAGGUGGAGCAGGAUCUGCAGAGCCGAGCAGAGCGGGACGCCCGACUGCAGCUGAUCAGGAAAUGGAUCGCGGAGCAGAACCUGUGGAUGGACUCGGCCCGGACGCCGAGCAGCCGGACGGAGCUGCAGAGGAGCAUCAGCACCUGCAGGGGCCUGGAGGAGGAGAUAAAGCAGAAGGCGGCGGCUCUUCAGGAGCUGAGAGACGAACGAGGACGUGGCAGCGGUGACUCCGUCUCUCAGACUCAUGAAUCCGUCGACGCCUGUGCAGCUCUCGCACAGCAGAGCGAGUUGGUGAGGCUGCGGCUGAUCGGGUGUCGGCAGCUGUGGCAGCGUGUGGAGGAGAGUCUGCGUCACGUGACUCUGAGGACAGCGACAGUGUCCCAGACUCUGGUUUAUCUCGACGACCCUCGGCUCAGCCUGCAGGCCCACAGGGAUCUGCACAGAGAGCUGCAGCAGCUUCUCCAUGAGGAGACAGAAGGUGCGGAGGCCGAGCUGGACGAGCUGAGUCAACGUGUCUCGUCCCUCAGAGACGUCGUCAGUCCUGCUGCUGCCGUCUUGAUCACUGAGCAGCUGGACACACAGAGAGACAGUUGGACUGCGGCGUCUGGAGCUCUGCACCUGCAGCUCCAGCGGAGUCUGGGCAUCCUGCAGCUCUGGGAGGUAUUCGCCCGUCUGGACGCGUCCUUCUCCCGCCGGCUGCAGACGCUGCAGAGCGACGCCUCGUCCGCUCUGAGCGCGGCGCCGCCAGGCGACAACACAGUGGAGCAGGUCGCCGCCAAGAUCGACCACAUUCAGAGUCUCCUGCAGAGGACAGAUGCUCUGCAGUCCGACCUGCAGGGGGUGCUGCAGGCCUCCGGCGACCUGACUGGUCACCUGGACCCCUCGGCUGCCACUGUGGUCCAAUCACAGAGCAGGAUGUCAUCACGCAGCGUCCUGCAGCUCAGACAGACGCUGAAGAGGAAACUGGGUCAGCAGCAGGCGGAGCUCGGGCGGCUGCAGGAGUUGGGCGGCGACCUGGAGUCACUGGAGAGAAACCUGGAGGUUUGGCAGCAGCUUCUGGAGAGCGAGGCUCAGCCGGGAGUCCAGUCCAGCGUCCUGGAGCUGAGCGGCCGGUCUGCUGACCUGGACGUGCUCAACGAGCUGAGCUGCAGCCUGACGCUGGGCGACGCCGCCGCACGCCGCCUGCUGCGCCUCAACCAGCGCUGGGCCGCCGCCACCGCCCGAGCUGAGGAGGCCUGCAGCGAGCUGCAGACGGAGUCGCUGAGGCAGCAGAGCUUCGAGCAGAAGUGUGAGAGCUGGAUGUUGUUCCUGCAGAGGAUGGAGGACGGUCUGGCCGUGGACGUGUCCGGCUCCUACAGUGGCCUCCGACAGCAGCUCUGCACACACAAGCGGUUCCAGGCGGAGCUGUCCUCCGGUCACCAGAUCCUCCACUCGGUCAUCACUGAAUCUCUUCACCUGCUGCAGAGAGGAGAGGUGGACGACAGGAGCGACUUCAUCCUGAAGCUGGCCCAGCUCCGGGAGCACUGGCAGGGGGCGGUGCAGCGAGCCGACCAGCGGCGCUCCCUGGUGGAGGGGCUGGUGAGGAACUGGCACCUGUACGUCCGCAGCCUGAGGAAGCUGCAGGAGUUCCUGUCGGACACGCAGGCCCUGCUGCCGCCCGCCGGGCCGCCCCGCUGCAGCCUGCAGCAGCUGCGACGCUCCCUCAGAGACCUCCAGCACACGGAGCUGCUGUUCCAGAGGUACCAGUGCAGUUUCCUCCACACCCUGGAGGUGGGCCGGCAGCUCUUCGCCAUGGGGGACGAGGAGACCCAGAGCCGGCUGCAGGCGGACCUGGGCGGCCUGCAGGAGGAGUGGGACAGUCUGCACUGUCUGCUGGGCCACAGGAUGGAGCUCGCCCGGUCCGUCGUCAAGAACUGGGAGCGCUGCGAGGCCGAGCUGGCCGACAGCGUGCUGCAGCUGAAGGACCUGAAGACCAAACUCAACCAGUCCAUCCCAGCGCGCGACGACGACCUGCAGAGCGCCGAGAAAUCCAACCAGGAGAACGAGGACUCCCUGGUGGACUGGGCCGAGAGCCUGACGGAGCUGAGCGCCAUGAAGACGGACCUGUGCCAGUACAUCAUCGCCGACGACGUCCUGCUGCUGCAGGAGCAGGUGGAGCACCUGCACGGCCAGUGGGAGGAGCUCUGCCUCAAGGUGUCUCUGCGGAAGCAGGAGAUCGCCGACCGCCUGAACGCCUGGAUCGUCUUCAACGAGAAGAACAAGGAGCUGUGCGACUGGCUGACGCAGAUGGAGAACAAGGUGGCGCACAGCUCCGACCUCAACAUCGAGGAGAUGGUGGAGAAGCUGAAGAAGGACUGCAUGGAGGAGAUCAACCUCUUCAGCGAGAACAAGACGCACCUGAAGCAGCUCGGGGAGCAGCUCAUCAGCGCCAGCAACAAGACGAAGGAGACGGAGAUCGACGACAAGCUGGCGGACGUCAGCGGCCGCUGGCAGCAUCUGUUCGACCACAUCGAGGACAGGGUGAGGAAGCUGAAGGAGACGCUGGUGACGGUGCAGCAGCUCGACAAGAACAUGAGCAACCUGCGCACGUGGCUGUCUCGCAUCGAGGCGGAGCUCGCCAAGCCCGUGGUCUACAGCGUCUGCCACGGAGACGAGAUCCAGAGGAAACUGGCCGAGCAGCAGGACCUGCAGCGGGACAUCGAGCGGCACACGGAGAGUGUGGCGUCGGUGCUGACGCUGUGCGACGUCUUGCUGCACGACACCGACGCCUGCGGCGGCGACUCGGAGAACGACUCCAUCCAGCAGACGACCCGCAGCCUGGACCGCCGCUGGAGGAACAUCUGCGCCAUGUCCAUGGAGAGGAGGAUGAGGAUCGAGGAAACAUGGCGUCUCUGGUGUAAGUUCCUGGACGACUACUCUCGCUUUGAGGACUGGCUGACGACAGCCGAGUUGACCACGGCCAACCCCGACUCCGCCGACGUCCUCUACACCAGCGCCAAGGAGGAGCUCAAGAAGUUCGAGGCGUUCCAGCGGCAGGUCCACGAGCGUCUGACUCAGCUGGAGUUGGUCAAUAAACUAUACCGCCGCCUGGCCCGGGAGAACCGGACCGACGCCGCCAGCAAGCUCAAGGUCACGGUCCACGAGGGGAACCAGCGGUGGGACGGCCUGCAGAGGAGGGUGGCGGCCGUGCUGCGCAGACUCAAGCACUUCACCUCUCAGAGAGAAGACUUCGAGGGAACGCGUGAGGGGAUCCUGGUCUGGCUCACGGAGAUGGACCUGCAGCUCACCAACGUGGAGCACUUCUCCGAGAGCGACGUGGAGGACAAGAUGAGGCAGCUCAACGGCUUCCAGCAGGAGAUCACCCUGAACACCAACAAGAUCGACGCCCUCAUCGUGUUCGGGGAGAACCUGAUCCAGAAGAGCGCUCCGCUGGACGCCGUGCUGAUCGAGGACGAGCUGGAGGAGCUGCACUCGUACUGCCAGGAAGUGUUCGGACGCGUGGCCCGCUUCCACCAGCGCCUCGUCAACAGACGCCCGGUUCUGGAGGAGGAGGAGGAGGAGGAGGAGGAGGAGGAGAGGGAGCUGUCAAACCGGGACGAGGACCUGGACGACUCGGCCGACCUGACCGACGGCACGUCGUGGAGAGGAGCAAGGAGGAAGAGGAAGGAGGGCGUCCGGGCAGCGGGCGGAGUCUCGGCCGGACGACAGACCGCGUGCCAGCUGCUGGCGCCUCCUCCGGAGCGGUCGGGCCGAGAGACGCCCGUCAGCGUGGACUCCAUCCCGCUGGAGUGGGACCACACGGUCGACGUGGGCGGGUCGUCGUCGCACGAGGACGACGACGAGGACGCCAGCUUCUUCAGCGCCCUGUCAGUGAAGUCGGUGACCGACCCGCCCAGCUGGCACCAGCCCGGCUCCCCGGAGAGGAAACGAGUUCCCAGACGAAUCCUUCGAGGCCUGAGCUCGUCCCCCACACACACCAGCACCACCAGCAGCAGCAGCAGCAGCUGCAUCACUCCCUUCCACCAGCAGGGCUAUGCGAAGCUGAUGUCCGAGUGCAGCGGCAGCAUCGACACCGUGAAGAGGGUGAAGCUGAUCCUGAACGGCGACGAGGAGGAGCUGGAGGACGAAGGUCUGACCGGCAGCGUGGCCGACAAACACACCAGCACAGGUGUGAUCGAGCGCUGGGAGCUGCUGCAGGCGCAGAAGUUCCACCGGGAGUCGGACGUGAAGCAGGACCUGGAGCAGUGGCAGCAGCUGAACUCCGACCUCUGCGACCUCACUUCCUGGCUGGGCAGGAUGCUGCCCGAGCUGGAGAGGGUGCAGCGCAUCGCGCCCGCAACCGGCAUCCGAGACAUCGAGGAUAACAUCCGCAUGUUGAAGGAGAUGCAGAAGAGCUUCAACAGCCACAAGUGUCUGAUGAUCUCCGUCAACCUGAGCAGUCGUCACUUCCUGCCCGGCGACGGAGACGGCGACGGCGACGGCUCCGAGCUGCGCGAGCUGCGGGAGGCCGUGAGCUCGGCCAACCUCAGCUGGACGCAGGCGUGCGGCGGCCUGGAGAGCUGGGAGACGAGGCUGCGCUCGGCGCUCAUGCAGUGUCAGGAGUUCCACGAGACGCUUCACUCUCUGCUGCUGUGGCUGUCGCAGGCCGAGAACAAGCUGUGCACCGCCAACGUCGGCGACCUGUCGACCUCGCGCUCUGCGCUGCUGGAGCGCCGACACGCGCUGACGGAUCUGCAGUUGGAACUGCGCGGCCGGCAGCCGCAGGUGUCCUCGCUGCAGGACAUCUCGGCUCAGCUCCUCCUCGAGGCCACGGCGGACGACAGCUCGGAGGCCAAAGAGAAGGUCCACGUCAUCGGCAACAAGCUCCGCCUCCUGCUGCGACAGGCAGCCGCUGAGCUGCUCACGCUGCAGGGACGACUGGACGACGCAGGUCGACCGGCGGCUCCAGUCGGACAAACAGCAGCGAGAAGGGAGCAGAGGAGGGAGUCUCCCCCGCGCCGCCCGCUCUUCUACCGGGUGCUUCGCGCCGCCUUCCCCCUCCACCUGCUCUUCCUGCUGCUGCUGGUCGUGGCCUGUCUGCUGCCGCCGGCCGAGGACGACUACAGCUGCACGCUGUCCAACAACUUCGCCCGCUCCUUCUACCCGAUGCUGCGUUACACCAACGGGCCUCCGCCCACGUGAGACGCCGCCGCCGUGACGCUCAGCGGCGUGGACGAGGACUGAGAGAGAAGCGGCUGCGUAAUCGGGUUGAAAUCCAGAAUGAAAAUCCACGAAAAGCCAGAAGCAGCGUCCUUCGUGUCUCAACGUGUCAUCGUGGGAUGUUUUUAGACUCUAAAUUUGUAUUGGUGUAUUUAAGAAUUGUAUUUAUUUUUUGUGCAGCUCUGCAGUUAUUUAAAAAAGAAAGAAAAGAAGAAGCCAUAUCACUGGUCUGUUUCACGAUAGUGUGAUUUUUGUAUAUGUAAAUGUCUCCAGGGAAUAAUCUUCAGUGUACACUGCAAAGGGGAAAGGAAAUACCUGAAGAUUUAUUUUAAUAUCUAUAUUUUGUAUGUUCCCAACAAUCCGCGGUCAAAAGGAUAAAAGGGCAGUUAUCACCAAAGUACAAUCGGCAUUUUCCACCACUGCAGCUAUUUUUACAGUUUUUCCACAGACUGUUGCUCGUAGAACAUUUUGUAUGAACAAUAAGAGCUGUCAGAUCGACAGGCGUUCAAGAUCUGUGAUUUUGUUUGUUGUUUUUUGAAGUUAUGGCAGCGAGUCUUCUGCAGACAAGCCUUUCAGAAGACGAUAUAUUUUUAAUCACAUAAUCAAUUCAUUUUGUGUAAAAUGCCAAAAAAAGGUCUGAGAAAGAAACAGGUGAUUUAUUGAUUCUGUUUAUGAGUGAGGUUUAUUUACUUUACCAUCAACUUUCUGAAGAGUCUGACUUUGACCUUUGAAUAUGUAAUAUUAAAUCACUGAAGGAUUUUAUGAAAAACGUUCAGAUCAUCAGAUUAAAGCUGCAUUUAGCAAUUUUUGACCACCAGGGGGCAGAACAUCCAAUAAUUAACUCAGAACUUACUUUACGUUUCUUCAAGUCGGCUUCAUGAAGUUAAAGCUCUGCACGAUUUAAACAUUUAAAAGGUUCGACGAAAUUAUUUCAGAAAUACAUUUUGUUGUUGAUGAAGUUGAUUUUACCUGAACGCUGUUUUUAAAACUCUUCUUCUUUCGUCCGUGAAGUCGACGAGCCGGUGUCACAAUCUGAAACCCGCCAGACUCGGGAGCAGAACAUGAAUGUACGCGUGUCUUUGGGCGUUGAAUGUAGCCGUGUACGAGCACAAUCGAAGAUCAAUAACUCUUAUUAAUCUGCAAUGCUAAUAUAAAUAUUAAGACGACUUUGUGGCAUUUGUACACAAAUCUCCGCCUCGCGCUCGACGGCGACGGCCGACAGAACAGAAGCGACUAAAAACGUGUGUAAAGUUUGAUUUAUUUUGUGAACACUUAUUCAUGGGAUGUAAAGAUCUUGUCAUUAUUGACCGACAAUAAAACCGUGUUGCCAUGA